AUGUACGAAAGACCAGCGGCGAACCUGAGUGCUGACCACAGAGCCUUUCCAGUAGGGGGCAGUGUGCUCCUGACCUGCUCCGUGGGCCCAGCAUCACCUGGAUGGAAGUAUUAUUGGUACAGAGGUAAGAAAACCUCGAAGCCCCUGACGGAUCAGGAUUUCAAGUCCCAUGGACAAAGUGCUAGUGCCUCACGUGAAGGACUGUACUGGUGCAGAGGAGGAAGAGGAGAUCCAGUUCACUACACCCAGUACAGUACCUCAGUCAGGAUUCAUGGAAUCGUCCACAACAGAGCUGCUGCGACUCUUCAACCCAACUGGCCGAGCAGAUACAGAGGAGAAGCCGUCACCCUGAGGUGUGAGAUCCAGGGAGGAGACUCUGAGUGGGAGUAUGAAUGGACAGCAACCAGCUCACAUGCACCUCCCAACACAAAGGAGUUCAGGAUCAGUCUGGGGUCAGAUCUGAGCGGCAGCUACUGGUGUCAGGGCCGACUGAAAGGUGCACGGCAGAACUCCACAGGAUGGAGUGCUCCCCUCACGUUGUCUGACGGUGAGUCAAGUCCUGUCGUCACUGUGUCUCCGUCAUGGCUGACUCCUGGAGCCUCCGGGACUCUCACCUGUGGGGGGGGUCCACAUCCCACUGCAGGGUGGAGGUUCUACUGGUACAGAGCUGACACCAUUAGUUUGCAUCCAUUCAGUUAUGAGCUGCUCCCAGGAAGCGACGGAGGAACUGAACAAAACUCCUUCGUCAUCCAAGGCCUGACGGAGUCAGCAGGUUAUGCAUGUCGAGCUGGAAGAGGAGACCCCGUGUUUUACACUGAGUACAGUGAGACAAAGUGGGUGUGGUCUGGAGAUUCCUAUUCGUCAGUGUCUCUCACAGUGAGGCCGGACUCAGUGCAGCACUUCUAUGAUGACAAGAUCCGUCUGACCUGCGAGGGAAACUCUGAUAAACUGAGAUUGUGGAUGUUUACUGAAUACGGUGUACAAGUGUCAGAGUACGAGUCUCAGGAGAGAAGCUACACAUGGAACAAGAAUUAUCUUUCUUCUGGAGUUUACUGGUGUGAAUCUGGAUCAGAGAUCAGCAACGCAUUCGAGGUGGUGUUCUCCUGGAGAGCCCUGCCCGUCCUGUGA